AUGGAAUUCUGGUUGCUUCUGCCAGCUGAAGAUAACCUUGUAAGCAUAUUCCCGAAUCGUAAAGUUGUGUGUGUUUUAGUGCUGAAUUCGAGAUUCGGAAAAGAGACCAAUGGUGGAUUGGGAGACGACUUCCCUCGACGUUUCCUAUCAUGGAUCGGUCAUGCUCGAUUCAAUCUUCCUGGCUUGGAGGUAAAAGAAACUCAGAAGCCAAUGAACACACAGCAGGUCCCAUCAGAACCUGUGGCACCUGCUGCAUCCUCUACAAAUGUGAAGGUGGAAGCAUCAUCUCCUGGGUUGAAUGGCACCACCAAAAGUGUUUCUUCUACCCCUCCCCUAGUCAAACCUUCACCUAACCCACCAAGCAAUAAUUCUAGUGGGAAACUACAGGCUGAAGGGGCCUCUGCUAUGCCAUGUACUCCUGCCAUGAAUUCCUCAUCCCCUGGGAUUCAUUCUCAUGUUUCUGAGUCUGAGAAGGAGGUAAUGGAGCCUCCACCUCAGGAAGAACCCAUUUUGGAACCUCAAAAUGGUAUUGUACAACCACCAGUGGUGCCACCACCUCAAAGGCCUGGAUGUGUUGACUAUCACAAGAUCAUCAAGCAUCCAAUGGAUUUGGGGACAAUUAAAAAGAGACUGGAGAGUAACUACUAUUGGAGUGGCAAAGAGUGUAUCCAAGACUUCAACACCAUGUUCACAAAUUAUGUUUACAACAAACCAGGCUUAGAAAAUCUUGUCACACCCUCUGGAGCAAAAGUGUUGAUCUCUUUUAGAAUCAUGGUGUAUCUUCAAGUAUUUUCUCCUCCCCCUCCCCCCAUCCCAAUCCCUUUCACUUCACUUGGGUGGCCUGAGAACACUGGAACACCAUGUGCAAGCGAGUUGACAUACCUCUUGCCCAAAUACCUCCUCAUGGCAGAUGGCAUGGAGUUUGGCAAGGAACUGGUCCUGAUCAUUUAUCAUCAGGGAGGACCAUUGCAACACAGACAAGCCUGCAGUCCCAGUGCAGCUGCUGCUGAAUGUGCCACAGGUGGGGUCUUUGAUGUGCUCAUUGAGCUUCCCCAAUCCCAUAUGUUCAAUAAGUUCCUGGAAGAGAAGUUUGAUGAAGAUGCAACUGGAGCUGGUGGUGUCCUCCUCACUCAGCUUGAUAUGGGACAAGACCAUCCAUUGAAUUGCAUCUGUGUAAAGGAGAUGGGCUAUGAAGCAGGAGACAUUGCUGAGCUUAUUGGUAUCAAAACGGUGGCAGGUGUUGUAUGCAUCAAGAAAGAUAUUUCAAAUGAGUCAAAAAUCAGAUUCAUCUUCAUCAUCACUCUCAUUGCCACUGGUGCUGCCCACAUCUUCACCACUUGCUUUAUCACCUUCAUACAAAAUCUCAUGACAGAGGCUCUUAUACUUUUCUUCAUUCUCCUGAUAUUCUGGAUCAGGCUUGAAAACAUUGAGGACUUCUUCACCAUUUGUGGCAUCAUCAAGGAGAAUAGUGUGGGUGAAUUGAUUACCUUCUUCAAUGAGAUCAAGUUCAUCUGGAGUGGAUGGAUUGUCUUUGAAGCCCUCUUUACGGACCUGGUACAUCACUUCAAUCAUGUACUGCACUCUUUUAUCCAGCUGGCUCUCAUGAAGGACACUUCACAGCCUAUCGAAUAUGGCAGCAAUACCCCGUGGUGA